CGGAGACGUCUCCUAGCCCUCUUGGAGACCAUGGACGCAUGCGCGCGCCGCCAAGGCGCGGCCGAUGCCAGAUUUUGGCCGCGCUAGACGCUCCCAAAAGGGCUGCCCCACACGCCCGCCUGUGUGUCGCACAGCUCGACGAACGCGACCAAUAAAAGCCACCGCCGCGAAGUGCAGUCGUUCGAUUCUCGGCGCCACCACAGCCCCCUCACCACAGACGAGCCGCUUGAGUGAUGGGCCUCUUCGGCACCGGCUGGAAGCGGUAUGGGGGCUGCCCGCGGACCGAACCCGUAAGGAAAGAAAAGUACAACUACGCGCUGUCGCAGUUCGAGAUCUUCGAGACCCUGGGCACCGGUACUUUCGGUAGGGUACGAUUAGUUAGAUGUAUGGAAGAGGACUCGUACUACGCCCUGAAAAUGGUAAAAAAGGAAUAUAUCCUCAAGAUGGACCAGUUAGAUCAUAUGUGUAAUGAAGUAAGGUUGUUAAGGAUCCUGCAGCAUCCCUUCAUCGUCGACUUGCGAGCGCACUUCCAGGAUGAAUUAAGGUUGUACUUGCUGAUGGAAUUAGUUAUAGGGGGCGAGCUCUACGCAUUGUUGCGCAAUUCCGGCAAACUGUCGAACGAUAGGGCCAAGUUCUACGCCGCCGAAGUUGUCUUAGCGUUUCAAUAUUUACAUGGCAUGUACAUUGCCUAUCGAGGCUUGAAGCCGGAGAACAUCCUCAUCGACAUCAACGGCAACAUUAAGCUGUGCGAUUUUGGAUUUGCCAAGGUCGUCGAGGAAAGAACUUUCACGAACUGCGGAACUCCGGAAUACACGGCACCAGAAGUCAUCAACGGGUUAGGACAUGGUAGAUCCGUGGACUGGUGGGGCCUCGGGAUUCUGAUUUUCGAAAUGACGGCCGGGCACCCGCCCUUCUUCGACCAGUCGCCCUUUGGGGUUUACGAAAAGAUCCUCGCGGGCAAGUUCCAGGUCCCGCCGCACGUCGAUGACAAGGCUUCUUCUAUCUUGAAGAAGUUGAUUGUGCGGGACCGGACGAAGAGGCUAGGCUGCCGAGAUAGAGGGGCCGAUGAACUGAAGGCGCACUCGUGGUUCGCCAAGGUCAACUGGGACGCCUUGUACUACGAGCAGGUCAAGGCGCCGUACGUGCCGGAGAUCGGCGCGCCGAACGACACGCGCCACUUCGACCGGUAUCCCGACUCGGAGCCGGGCAUCGAGGAGCCUCUCGAUGGGAAGGGCCAGGAGAAGUUCCACCAGUUCGACACGUUCUGAUGGGCUUUCGUCGUGCGUGUUCCUUCGCGCAGAGUCUUCCACGCCAUCGCCGCGACGGCGCACCAGGAC